AUGUCAACAGUGAAGGUCUCAUCAAAUAUGAUAAGCCAAUAAAGGUGGUCAGCAUCUGUAACCUGGACAUCUUCUAUUUCCCCUUUGAUGAACAGAACUGCACUCUCACCUUCAGUUCAUUCAUCUACACAGGUGGCCAUCAGGCAUAGGCCCAGACUCUAUGUCAUAAACCUCCUGGUGCCCAGUGGUUUUCUGGUUGCCAUCGAUGCCCUCAGUUUCUACCUGCCAGUAGAAAGCGGGAAUCGUGCCCCAUUCAAGAUGACCCUUCUGCUGGGCUACAAUGUCUUCCUGCUUAUGAUGAAUGAUUUGCUCCCUGCGACUGGCACCCCCCUCAUCGGUAUGGCCCCUCCCUCCAUCAGGAGAAUAAAAGCAAGGUGGGGGUGGGGUCUCUGCUUUGCCCUGUGUCUGUCCCUGAUGGUGGUCAGCCUGGUAGAGACCAUUUUCAUCACCUACCUGCUGUACCUGGCCACCACCCAGCCCCCACCCAUGCCUCGGUGGCUCCACCCUCUGCUCCUCUGCUGCACCAGCCCAAGGAAAUGCUGCCCCACUGCACCCCAGAAGGGAAAUAAGGGCCUGGGCCCCACCCCCACCCACCUGCCUGGAGCCCUGGAGUUGGUGGGGAAGGUGUCAGGUCCCAGAAAGGCAGAGUUAAAUGGGACUGAGUCAACAAGGGCCCAGCAGGAAGAAGAGACUCAGAGGCAGGACUUGGUCGACCUGUGGGUGAAGUUCAGCCACAUGAUGGACACCCUGCUCUUCCGCCUCUACCUGCUCUUCAUGGCCACCUCCAUCAUCACGGUCAUCGUCCUCUGGAACACCUAG